UUAUUUAGAACUCAUAAUAGCCAAUCCUGAGUAACAUUGUUUACAAAAGUGAUAUGAAGCGGUUUCAAGAUUGUUUGUUGAGUAUAAAAUAUUACAUGGAAAUGUUGAUUUUUUAGUUCUAAUUUGUUUUGUUAAAAGAAAGAGUUUAAAGCUUUGGAGGGAAAAAAAAAAAAGCAAGUUCAAAGUUUUUUUUUUUUUGGUCGUGUCGCUAAAUUUGUUCAGUUUCUUCUGAAUCUCUAUAAAUUUUGUUGACUAUGGCAAAUAGUUUGCGAACAUUGUUCUCAGUGUCCACUCAUGGUGUCUUUUUGAACAAGCGGUCUAGGUUUUUCUCUAGUAGCCGAAAUUUAAGGGUUUGCUCUCAUCAAUCAACUGAAUCCGUCACUGUUAAUGUUUCUCCACAUAACGAGACAAGUAGUGGAGGUAAUGUUGAGAAAGGUUUUCUAAGAUGGCGAAACGGAGGAGGAAUGUACCAUCGUUCGGCCCUAAUUGAUUCCUCGGCUCUGGUUGAGUUUGGAGCAGUGGUUCACCAAGAAGCUAUAUUGGGAGCAGAGGUUCAUAUAGGAUCCAACACUGUAAUUGGAUCAUCAGUCAAAAUUGGCCCUUCUACAAAGAUCGGGUAUAAUGUUUCAGUCAGCAAUUGUAGUAUUGGUGAUUUAUGUGUCAUCCAUAAUGGAGUCUGCAUUGGUCAAGAUGGAUUUGGGUUUUACGUGGAUGACAACGGAAACAUGGUGAAGAAGCCUCAAACUUUAAAUGUGAAGAUAGGGAAUCGUGUGGAAAUCGGAGCAAACACAUGCAUUGAUCGGGGCAGCUGGAGAGAUACCGUGAUCGGGGAUGAUACUAAGAUAGACAACUUAGUUCAGAUAGGUCACAAUGUGAUUAUUGGCAAAUGUUGCUUGUUCUGUGGCCAAGUAGGCAUAGCUGGAUCAGCAGAGAUUGGUGACUUUGUAGCACUAGGAGGACGAGUAGCUGUUCGAGACCAUGUCUCCAUUGUAUCCAAGGUUCGACUUGCUGCUAAUAGUUGUGUUACUAAAAACAUUACGGAACCAGGGGAUUACGGCGGUUUUCCUGCUGUCCCAAUUCAUCAAUGGAGAAGGCAAAUUGUUGAAGCUCAGAUUUCGAGCAAGAGGAAACCAUAACUUAUUCUGUUUGCCAGACUCAAGAAGACUGAGGUAAUAGAUUGAACUAUCUGCCAAUUGCUUUGCGUUUUUACUUUUACCAAAUGAUUUCUUUGAUAUGUUUAACUCAAAGAUCAUACAUUUAAUGAGAAAAACCAAACUCCCAAAUCCAAGUUACAAAACGUAAAGAAAGCAAAAUCAUUCAAAAGGAAAGUAAAAUAUAAAGAGAAUAGCAAAUAACAAACCAAUCAAUCUUUCUAAGUGAAGUAGACUGGACACCGUUUAUGGUUAAACUUGGGCAAGAUCAACCCGUCUCUUCCAACCACGAUGUUGCAAUUAGCGUGCAUCCUAUGAUGCUUACUGAUCCACCUAUGGAGUUUAAACCGAAUAGUCGAAACUAUAUCGAGCCUGAAACCCACGGUUCCUUGAGCCCGAUCAUUACUAAACUCGGUCCAGCGGUUACUGUUUACCGUUAAGGAAGCUCCUGUAAGCGUCCCGGUCACAAUUGUUGUGUUAGUCGGUUGCUGGAAAAACGGGUUUAGCAAUGGGAUCAAUCCGACCCGUUGAUCUUUGUAGUAAAUGGAACCUUCCAUGGAAUCAAAGUAAACACCCAUAUGUUGGUUAGGGUUAAGUAUGGUUACAUUGAAAGCAAUUCUUGCGUUUUCGACUCCGGUAGGCUGGUCUAGACCUUGUACCACGAAGUCUUGGAUAUGGAACCGAGGUCUAUGAGGGCGUAAACUGAGCCAAAGUAUGAAAGCAAUGACGCCUACAAAGAACAAAACCAAGAGAAACAUUGCGCAGAUGAAUUUCGAUAUCCGGGUUGAGAGGCUUUCUCUGACACGGUGAGCGUAGUAGCUAGCGGAAUGGUGACGCUUCAUGGGUUGGGCUCGGGGUACGGGACUGGUGCGGAUCGGGAUAGUUGUUCGGUCUGGUGUCAUUGUGCUUUGAUGAUUUCCUGGCAAAAAAAACUAUGGAGAUUUUGAGCAUGAAAGUUUUGGAGUGUAGGAGUUAUGUAUGAAAGAAGAAAAGUAAAUAGUUCUUGAAGUGUUU